UCCUCCACAAUCAUCUUAAAGCCAAAGGAUUUGCUUUUCAUAUACAUGCCUUACGGCGAGGGUUUCACUUUCUACCAAAGGAUCACCACUGGAAUAAAGGGUAGUCAUGGAAUUGUGUUUAGAACUUCCCAAGAAAUUGAAGCCUCGUGCAGGUUACAGGACUGUGGAGGAGGCAUUCCCAGACGGGUUUAUCGACAGGGUGGGCGAUCGAGGGGUGGUGAUCGGAGAGUGGAUAAAGGAGCCUUUGACAGUAAUAAUAAAUCACCCAUCAAUUGGGAGUUUUGUACAUCAUUGUGGGUUUGGGAAUAUGUGGGAUUCUGUGUUGGUUCCACAGCUUACUGAUCAAGUUAUGUACAGUAAGCUAAUGUGUGAGGAGUUGAAAUUGGCUGUACAAGUAGACAGAGGACAGGAUGGUUCAUGGGUGUCUAAACAAAGUUUGUCUAAAGCCAUUCUAUCUGUGAUGGAUGAAGGUAAUCAGGUUGGCGAUUUUGUUAGGAUGAACCAUGAAUUUUGGAGGCAGAGAAUUCUUAACAAUGAGCUUAUGAGUAAUAUUGAUAAAUUUGUCAAGGAUUUGCAGGUUAUAUGUUUCGAGUCGGCUUAAAAUCGGUGGUCGGAUAAUAUCGAAUUAUUGGGUUUAUUUUGAACACCUAUAACAAUGAUAAUGUACAAUCUGUUUGAUUUGAGUCAUAAUAUUGCAAGAUAUCUAUCUUACUAAAUCAGUUUAAUAAGCACAAGAACUAGUAUGAACAUGUUCGCAGGGCAAGAUUGUGUACACAAUAGCUUGUACCGUUUGCUACUCUGUUUCUUGUUAGAAUUUCAUUAUAUUAAAACUGGAGUUGAUUAAAGAAAUGGAAAGCAUGAAUAUGUUGUUCAUCUUGUAUUGUGUUAUUUGUGAGCAAAAGAGCUUCUAAACAUACAAAAUGGACAUCGACAAGUUAGUGAUCCUUCGGAAACUAAUGAUAUGUGAAUAACAAUUCGUGUCGUGGGUCCACUGUUACUUGUUCAACUUGAUGACAAAAACUUCCCCCCCACUAUUUGAUUUCGGAUGUGAUUGCCAACCACCUUUGCUUUUGGCAAAUCAAUAAAAGGACCAGGUGAUAAUCAAGUCUAACACUUAUAAAUUGAUACAAUCACUGAAAAAUUUAAAUGACGUGAAUAGAUAAAGAAUAAUUUGUAAAUUAUACUGUUAAAAGCUUCGUAAUAUAGCGAAUUACAGUCUUAAUGUCUAUAUUUUGUGAAUUAAAGCCAUUAAAGUAUCAGAUUUUACAAGUUCAGGAUAAAACACAGAAUUUCGACCAUUUUAGUGGUCGAAAUUUUAGGUUAUGAGGCCAUAGUUCAACAUUUUUGGCAUGAACAUGUAAACUUUGAUACUUUGGUAGCUGUAAUUCGCAAAAUAUAAACUUGAGGUUGUAAUUCUCAAAAUUGCUAAAAUUUAAAGGUGUAAUUCGCUAAUUAUUAGUAUGUAAAUACAAACUUACAACUAACUAAAAUUGUGAAUUAGUAAAUUCACUACAACAAAAUUAACUUUUUGCGAUAUAAGAUUUAAUGACAUUAAAAAAGUCACUGAUUUAUAUUUUUUAAUGUAAUAAUUAUUCUUUUUUAUUUUAAAUUUAACUAUAAAGUGAUUUAGUGACACUUUAGUUUGCAUUUAGUGAGAUAUAUAAUUUUAGUUUAUUUGUUUUUUUAUUAUGAUACUAAAGGGUAUAAUAAAUAUCAUUAUCCACUAUAUACACCAUUAAAAAUUUUAAAUAGUGACAUUUAAAUUAAAUGUAAUUAAAUAAUCUCACUAAAAGUAUAUUAUGUUGUAGUGGCUUUAUAUUGUUGAAUUCAGAAAUGAUCUUGUACACAAACAACCACUUAAAUUAUAAUGUUGUCUCAAAUUCUCUGUUCGUUCCAUUGAAAUUGCAACAUUUUUUAUUUUGCUACUUCCCAUUUAAUUGCAUCAUUUCUAUUUUUGAAUAAUAUUUUUAUUAUUUUCUUUUAAUCUUAUCCAUUAUAUUUGAACUCUCUAAUAAUUUCAUCCAUACAAUUUAUUCUCUCUAUUCAAUUUUACCAGUUUCUUAAAAAUUAUUUACUUUUUCUUUGAAGCAAAUUAAAGAAAACGGGCCUAAUAUUUUUUAGGCUUAGGGUUGAAGCUAAACCAUGGGUUAUUUUAACAAUAUUUGAUUGAAUUUUAAACAUGCCAAUUCAAAUGCAAAUGAAAGGAUAACAAUCAUACUUCUAUUAACAAUUCUGAAGCACUACUUAAACAUGUAACUUGAGUUUGACAUCAAUCACCAGUACAUGUUUCUAGACUUUAGUAGUACUCCUAAUUUGCAAAUGAAGUAAUCUAAGUUAAGUUAAGUGGUGGUUUAUAAUAUGGACAAAUUAUUUCUAUGUUGAAAAAUAUAAUAGUAUGGCUCUUUUAGAAUUUUAAUUUAUCUUUUUUUUAUUUUGUUUAUUUUAUUGAUAUUUAUUUUGUUUCUUUGUGAUUAUUUAUAAAUCACGAUGAUUGAUUAGAAAUUUCUAUUUGCAAAUCACUACAAAAUAAAACAUCUAUACACACUAUCCAAAAUAGUUAAAAAUUAAUCGAUGAAGGCUUAUACUAACUAAUUUUAACUAUUUAAAACAGUUUAGACCAAUUUCUAACUAACCUUUUGGUUGGAAAAAAUUAUUUAAGAAUGGUCUACCAACCAAUCAGACUCAUAUCCAAAAUCCGUGACACAUGUUACACAGUAAUUCUUAUUGUAUUGUCUUUGCACUUAUUGACUCAUGAUUCACAUUUUAUUGUUUUAUAACUUAUAUUUACAUGUACAAAAAAUUUAUUUUGUAUAUUUUUAUUUUAUUAUUAUUAUUAUUAUUAUUAUUAUUAUUAUUAUUAUUAUUAUUAUUAUCUGAGUAAUAUCAGUAUAUUAUUAGUCGUACACAAAUUCUUAUGUGAGAAGGUUUCACCGUGAGACGUGCCUUAUACUUGGAUUAAAUUGUCCAAUAAUAGAAACUUUUAGCAUAAUAGACCUUUUAUAUGGACUCGCCUCACGGUGAGACAGUCUCAUACAAGAGGAGCUGUUAGUCGUAUUAGUAUUGUAUUGUAAAAUACUUGUUGUAUCAUCAUUGUAUUAAUGUAGUAUUAGUAUAUUAUUUGUCGUAUUAGUACAUUAUUAGUAUUAAUAUAAAUUAGUAUACUAUCAAUCAUAUUACUAUUAUACAAGUACAUUAUUAAUCAUAUUAGUGUAUUAUUAGUAUAUUAUUAGUAAAGGAGUCCAUCAUGCUGUCUUUGAUGAUUUUAAGAAUAAUAUGAGCGUUUGCAAGUCACCCAAAUCAGCGGAGGAUGUGAUAUAAUAUAUAUUUUUCUAAUUAGCUAGACCUUUUGCUCAAUCUCAAAUAUUCUUAUAUGUAUUUGGAAACAUAAUUAAACAGACCAGGCACCAAAACUAUUUGUAUCAGUGGUGUGUUCCAAGUAACAAAGUGGUGUUACUUUAAAGCAUAUUUCGAACAUUGUUUUAGAAUCAACUGACUUGAGAUUUCAGAGUGUUGAUGAAUUGAUGAGCUUCAUAUGGUUAGAGAUAUUUCUUAUAAUGCACAGCAAAUACGGAUAAUCAUUGGUGAGACAAGAUUGUUAGGAGUUAAGUUUGCAGCAUUUCCACAAGAUCUUUGCGCUAGUGGAUACUGAAUAGCAAAAUGAUGCAUUAGAAAUAUAAUAAAAAAAUUUAGUGUAUAUAUAAAAAGUGUGUAGAAAAUUCUAGAAGCCAUUUGUGUAAUCAAAAUAGUAAAUGCUAUAAAUGAAGGAGUAGUGAAGUAAAGUCAAAAUCAAAUAGGCUUAUUUCACAACAAAGUAAGGGUGCUCAUAAAAAAAGAUGUGUGUAAAAAAAAAAAAAAAAGGAUUAGUGAGAUAUAUGUAGAGGUGUUUAUUCGGUUGAUCGGGUCGGUUUCGGACGGGUGUUAUUCGGUUCGGUUGCAUUUCAGAUCGGUUAUUUUUUGGCUGUGUGUUACAACGGGUCACACUCGGCUCGAGUCGGUUAGAGAUCGGUUAUUCAAGCUAUCGGGUUAGCAUCAGUUCGGUGUCGAUUGAAGUUCGUGUCGAGUGUCAAUCGGUCUCGGGUUGUCAUCGAUUACUAAUUGGUUCGGUUUUUCGGGUACAGAUCGGGUUCGAGCUUUAUUUUUCGAGUAGUUAUCGGUUACGGAUAACUAUUGAUCGGGUCAAUAUCGAAAUAAGUUAAUAGUCAGGUUUUUAAUUGAUGUAUGCUCAUUUACUUACAAAAAAUAAUUACCGAUUGUUUUAUCAGAUAUAGCAGAUAGGGGUAUCAAACAGGUCGGGUUGAGUCAUUUUCAGGUUCGAUCAUAUAUAAAUGAGUCAAUAAACCCGUAACCUGAACCUGACCCAUUUAAUUAAUGGGUCAAAAAUUGAAACCCCGACCUGAUCUGUAGCAAAUCGGAUCAAUCUGCUAAUGACCCAUUUAACCUACUUUUUUUUAGGUCAUUAAAUUCAUAUAUUUCAGGUCAUUUGACCCAUUUAACCUUAAUUAAAGGCUUCCUCCAAAAAUAAACGUAUGUCACUUAAUGCAGCGAGCACACGGUAUUCUUUAGUAAAAGGCGAAAGAAUAGUUCGCUUUGUGCUCACGGCGUGGCUGCGUAACUUGGUAUGAGAUCUGUGGAAGUGAUUUAAAGGAUUUUUCUUUUAUUAGUAUCUAUCAUAGCCGAUGUGGGACAACUUUCUUUGUUAUUGAAUGUCAUCUUCAGCUGAUAAAUCCCUUAGCCGAUGUGGGACAACUUCCUUUCUUAUUGAAAGUCAUCUUCAGCUGACAAAUCCCUCAAUACAUGGUAAUUGGUAUUAUCUUAGUUUUACGAAGUAUUUGGCAAAUGUUGAUCCGUCUUAAAUUUAAUAAAUGGGUUAAAUAGGUUUUUUUCGGGUUUAAAUAUUCAACCUAAACCUAACCCAUUUAAUAAACAGAUCAUGUCGGGUUGACCCAUUUAAUUAAUUGGGUCAAAAAUCUAAACCCAAACCCGCUAAUUUCGAGUCGGUUUCAGAUCAGGUUAGCAGGUCGGGUCAGCUUUUGCCAGCCCUA